CCCCAGUCCUUACAGCUCCUCCAUCUGCACAGCGGAGCUGGACGGACCAGCCAGGAUGUGGAGAGCACUGCUACUUAAACUCCUUUUUGUCCUUAUAUGCUGUGUUACAUGGCACCACUCUGAAGGAUGUGAAUUGGGGCAGUUCCGCUGCGGGACAGGUCGAUGUAUCCCCGGUGACUGGCACUGUGACGGGACGUCAGACUGCGUCGAUGACUCUGAUGAGCACGACUGCCCUCAGGUAACGUGUGAUAGCAACCAUUUCCAGUGUCUGAGUGACGGCGAGUGUAUCCCAAACCUAUGGGUGUGUGACGAUGAGGAAGACUGUGAGGAUGGCUCAGAUGAGAGGCAGCACUGCCCUGGAAGGACAUGCACCAGUGGCCAGUUCAGCUGCAGUAAUGGUGCGUGCAUCCCAGGAGAGUACCAAUGUGACCGUCUGGCAGACUGCUCAGAUGGUUCCGAUGAGAGAAAUUGCCAUUAUCCCGAGUGUACACAGCUGAGGUGUGCCAAUGGGGCCUGCUACAACCGGACCCAGAGAUGUGACCAGAUACUUGACUGCCGCGAUGGCUCUGAUGAGGCAAACUGCACACAGCGCUGCAAUGCGGGCCUGUUUUCAUGUCAUAAUGGGAUGUGUGUCCCUCAACGCUACGUCUGUGACCACGACGAUGACUGUGGAGACCGAAGCGAUGAGCUUAACUGCACAUAUCCUACAUGUAGAGGCAACUACUUCACGUGUCCCAGUGGCCGCUGCAUCCAUCAAGUCUGGCUUUGUGAUGGAGAGGAUGACUGUGAAGAUAAUGCAGAUGAAAAAGGCUGUGAUAAUGUACAACGGGAGUGUUACCCAGGAGAAUGGCCAUGUCCAUCUUCUGGCCUGUGCAUCCCCUUGGAUAAGCUUUGCGAUGGGACGCCUAACUGUCCAGAUGGAGAGGAUGAAACUAACACCACUGCUGGACGCAACUGCAGUAUUUGGAGAUGUGCCUCCCUGAGCUGUGAGCAUCACUGUCAUGCUUCUCCUGAUGGUGGAACUUGUUCCUGUCCUUCUGGAUACAUUGUCAACAGCAACAACAGUCGCACAUGUAUAGAUUUUGACGACUGUUCUAUGUGGGGCGUGUGCGACCAGCUGUGUGAGGACCGGAUCGGCUCCCAUCGUUGCAGCUGUCGAGAGGGCUACAUCCUGGAGCAGCACAGAUACUGCAGAGCUGAUUCCUCUACUGGAGUCCCUUCCUUGAUAUUUUCUAAUGGCAGAGACCUGCUGAUAGGUGACAUCCAUGGCAACAAUCUGCGCACUUUAGUUAAUUCACAGAACAGAGGGAUUGCAGUGGGAGUCGAUUUUCACUACAUUCUUAAUAUGAUCUUUUGGACGGAUACGAUCCAGAACAAGGUGUUUUCCGUGGAUAUGGCCGGUUCCAACAUGCAGGUGGUUUUAAAUGUAUCAGUUGACUACCCUGAGAAUUUGGCAGUGGAUUGGGUGAACAAUAAACUGUAUGUAGUGGAGGCCAGCGUCAACAGGAUUGACAUGGUGGACUUUGAUGGAAGUAACCGGGUCACACUCAUCACUGAAAACCUCGGAAACCCUAGAGGACUGGCGGUGGACCCCACUGUCGGGUAUAUGUUCUUCUCAGAUUGGGAGUCACUGAAUGGACAACCAGGCCUGGAGCGGGCCUUCAUGGAUGGAACCAACCGCUAUGGUAUCAUUAGCAGUAAAUUGGGCUGGCCAGCUGGUAUCACACUAGACAUAGAAGCUAAGCGCGUCUACUGGGUUGAUAGCCGCUAUGACUACAUUGAAACUGCAACCUAUGACGGCUUGCAUAGAAAAACAGUGGUUCACGGAGGUACUGUGAUCCCUCAUCCAUUUGGCAUCAGUCUGUUUGAGCACAAUGUCUAUUUCACGGACUGGACCAAGAUGGCUGUGAUGAAAGCCAACAAGUUUACAGAUAGAAGCUCUGAAGUGGUUUACAGAACAUCUCAGACCCCACAUGGAGUAGCAGUGAUACAUCAGCUGAAGCAGCCACAAGUGCCAAACCCUUGCAGUGUAGACAGAGGUGGAUGUGAGCAGAUUUGUGUCCUGAGCCACAGGAGUGACAAUGGAGGACUGGGUUACCGCUGCAAAUGUCGCAUGGGCUACGACCUGCAUGCUGAUGGCAAGCGAUGUUUAGCCGUGAGACAGUUCCUGCUGUUCUCCAGCCAGCUGGCUAUAAGAGGGAUCCCUUUCAACCUCUCUACUCAAGAGGACAUCAUUCUCCCUGUUACUGGAUCCCCCUCCUACUUUGUUGGAGUGGAUUUUAGUGCUGAGGAUGAUGCCAUCUUCUUCUCAGACACAACCAAAGAUAUUAUCUAUAAACAGAAGGUGGAUGGGACAGGCAGGGAGGUACUGGCAGCCAACAGAGUAGAAGGAGUGGAGGACCUGGCUUACGACUGGAUUUCAAAGAACCUUUACUGGACUGACCCCCGAUAUAGAAGCAUAUCCGUCAUGAAGCUAGCUGAUAAGUCCAGGAGGGCCAUCAUUCGUAACCUCAAUAACCCCAGAGCUAUUGUGGUGCAUCCUCUUAUUGGGUAUAUUUUUUGGACUGACUGGUACCGGCCAGCGAAGAUUAUGAGAGCUUGGGGUGAUGGGUCACAUGCGCUGUCUAUUGUAAACACUACUCUUGGUUGGCCAAAUGGCCUAGCUAUCGACUGGAGUUCUAUGCGUCUGUAUUGGGUGGAUGCCUUCUUUGACAAAAUAGAGCACAGCAACUUUGAUGGACAGAACAGACUUUCUUUGGAGCGCAUAUCCCAGAUCUCCCAUCCAUUUGGUCUCACCAUUUUUGAAGGCUAUGCAUAUUUCACUGACUGGCGCAUGGGAAGCAUUGUACGUGUGCGCAAGACCGACGGUGGGGAGAUGGUCAUUAUCAGAAGAGGCAUUAGCGGCAUCAUGCAUGUCAAAUCUUUCAACUCCAACUCUCAGAUUGGUUCCAACCUCUGCAACAGGCCGGCAAAUCCUAAUGGAGACUGCAGCCACUUCUGCUUCCCAGCCCCAGACUCGCAGAGGGUGUGUGGCUGCCCAUAUGGCAUGAAGCUGUCGCCAGACCAACGGGCUUGUGUGGAGGACCUUUCCAAUGAGCCCCCCACACUGCAGUGCGGAGCCAACUCUUUCUCCUGUGGCAACGGCAAAUGCAUCCCAAACAGCUACAGAUGCGAUGGUGUUGAUGAUUGCCAUGACAACAGUGAUGAAGUCAACUGUGGCAUUAAUAACACCACUUGUUCCCCGUCUGCGUUCACCUGUGCCAAUCAGCGCUGUGUGCCUGCAGGAUGGCGCUGUGAUGGGCAAAAUGACUGUUUUGAUAACAGCGAUGAAAUCAACUGCCCAACACACGUGCCUGGAACGUGCCCUGCCAAUCAGUUUACCUGCGCCAACCACCGCUGCAUCCCACACACCUGGCGUUGCGACACUGAUAAUGACUGUGUCGACGGUUCGGAUGAAGUUGAUUGCCAUCUGGGAAACACGUGCCAUCCGGGACAGUUUCAGUGUCCAGACCACCGCUGUAUAGAUCCUAACUAUGUCUGUGAUGGAGACAGAGACUGUGUGGAUGGGGCGGAUGAGCAGGGAUGCAUAUACAACUGCACUAUGAAUGAGUUUAAGUGCUCCAGGGGUCACCAGUGUAUCAACUCCUACUACCGAUGUGAUGGAGUCUUUGACUGCAGCGAUCGCUCAGAUGAGCAGAACUGUCCUACCAGGCCCCCAGGGAUGUGCCACCACGAGAGUGAGUUUCAGUGUCAAUCAGACGGAAGCUGCAUCCCAUCUUCAUGGGAGUGUGACGGUCAUCCAGACUGCGAGGAUGGCAGUGAUGAGCACCACGCCUGCCCACCUCGCACCUGCCCUUCCUCGCUGUUCCGUUGCGAUAACGGAAACUGCGUGCUUCGCAGUUGGAUUUGCGAUGGGGACAACGACUGCAGAGACAUGAGUGAUGAAAGAGACUGUCCCACACCACCUUUCCGGUGUCCAAGCUGGCAGUGGCAGUGUCCCGGUCACAGUGUGUGCAUAAACCUCACCACAGUGUGUGACAACACUCCUGAUUGCCCCAAUGGUGCUGACGAGUCUCCCCUUUGCAAUGAACCUUUGCCAGAUCAGGAGAGCUGCUCAGACAACAAUGCUGGCUGCACCCAUGGAUGUAUCCAAGGUCCAUUUGGGGCCCAGUGCACAUGCCCUGUGGGUUAUCAGCUUAGCAAUGACUCCAAAACUUGUGAGGACAUUGAUGAGUGUAAUCCCCCUGGACUGUGUAGCCAGCACUGCUUUAAUGAGAGAGGCUCUUUCCGCUGCCACUGCCAGGAUGGUUACACUCUUGAAGCAGACCAGCGUACCUGCAAGGCAUCAGAUUCUCGUCAGGCUUUCCUGUUGGUGGCAAGUCGGAAUCAAAUUGUGCAAGAUGACAUUACCACCCAACCCAACGUAGUCCGGUCAGUUGUUCGAGAUGGACGCAACAUUGUCGCCCUAGAUUUUGACUCAGUCACUGAGCGGGUUUACUGGUCUGAUACGAGCCAGGACAGAAUCUGGAGUGCUCACAAAAAUGGCAGCGACAGAGUCGUGAUAUUCGACAGUGGAGUGACUGUGACAGAGAGCCUUGCUGUGGACUGGGUGGGGAGGAACUUGUACUGGACUGACUACGUCCUGGAGACAAUUGAAGUGUCUAAACUGGACGGCACCCACCGAACUGUGUUAGUGAGUGAAAAUGUAACCAACCCCCGAGGUCUAGUGCUGGACCCGAGAGACAGUGCUCACCUGAUGUUCUGGACCGACUGGGGGAGGAACCCCCGCAUCGAGAGGGCCAGCAUGGAUGGAAAGCAAAGAACUGUAAUCAUAAGCAGCAAACUGUACUGGCCUAAUGGUCUAACCAUAGACUACCCAAACAAUUUGUUGUACUUUGCCGAUGCCUACUUGGAUUUCAUUGACUUCUGCGAUUAUAACGGCAACAACAGGAAGCAAGUCUUGGCCAGUGACCUGGUACUGCAACACCCCCACGCAAUUACCAUUUUUGAGGAUUUUCUGUAUUGGACCGACAGAUACAUCAACCGUGUGAUGCGAGCUCAUAAGUGGCAUGGGGAGAACCAGACAGUGAUGCUGUUCAACCUCCCUCAGCCCAUGGGUCUGGUGGCAGUGCACCCAGCCAGGCAGCCAGCAGGGGAAAAUCACUGCUUGAGGAGCUCCUGCACUCAUAUCUGCCUCCUGUCUGCUGUGGGACCGAGGUAUUACUCAUGUGCCUGCCCCUCAGGCUGGAUGCUGGCAGCGGACCAAAUCACCUGCACCAGAGUUGAGGAUCCGUUCCUGGUGGUUGUGAGAGACAGCAUCAUCUAUGGCAUUUCCCUGAACCCGGAUGACAAGAGUAAUGAUGCCAUGGUUCCUGUCGCUGGGCUUCAAAAUGGCUACGAUGUCGAUUUUGAUGACAAUGAACAGACCAUCUACUGGGUGGAGCACCCAGGUGAGAUCCACAGGGUGAAGUCAGAUGGCACUAACAGGACAGAGUUUGCCCCUGCAGCCAUUCUUGGCUCCCCGGUUGGGCUGGCCUUGGACUGGAUAACAGAGAAUCUGUACUACACCAAUCCAGCUACACAGUCUAUUGAGGUCUUAAAGCUGAGAGGGGAGGUACAGUACCGGAAAACUCUAAUCACAAAUAACGGCUCUCCAACUGGCGCUGGUAGUCCUGUUGGCAUUGCCGUGGACCCAGCACGUGGCAAACUGUACUGGACAGACCAGGGAACCGAGAGUGGCAUCCCUGCCAAGGUGGCAUCUGCAGACAUGGAUGGCUUGAACCCCGUCACCCUGUUCACCAACAAUCUUGAUCACAUUGAGUUCAUCACUUUGGACAUCCGAGAGAACAAGUUAUACUGGGCUGUAACAAGCACUGGCGUGAUUGAACGUGGCGAUCCCGACGGAAGCAACCGCAUCACCAUAGUGACAGGCCUGUCGCACCCCUGGGGUGUGGCUGUCUAUCAGAACUACCUCUAUUACACUGACCGCAACUUUGAGGUGAUAGAGCGUGUGGACAAAUCCACUGGAGCCAACAAGGUCGUGAUGCGAGACAACGUGUCUGGACUCAGAGUUCUGAAAGUUCAUUUUCGAGAGACCUCCGCAGGUACAUCUAAUGGCUGCACAAACAACGUGGGAGCGUGCGAACAGCUCUGUCUGCCUCGGCCACAGAGUCUGUUCACCUGUGCAUGUGCCACAGGUUUUAAAGUUAAUGCAGACAACAGGACCUGCUCUCCCUACCAGUCUUACGUCGUCAUCUCUACUCUAUCUGCUAUAAAGGGCUUCAGUCUAGAAGGGUCAGACCACUCUGAGGCCAUGGUGCCAGUAGCUGGAAGAGGCCGUAAUGCUUUACACAUUGAUGUCCACAUGGCUUCUGGUUUCAUCUACUGGUGUGACUUCAGCAGCACUGUGGCGAUACAGAACGGGGUCAGACGAAUCAAGCCAGAUGGCUCAGGAUUACGUAGCAUUGUGACAUCUGGAAUCGGACGCAAUGGGAUACGAGGCAUUGCCGUCGACUGGGUGGCAGGGAAUUUGUAUUUCACCAAUGCCUUCCUGACUGAGACGUAUGUUGAGGUGCUCCACCUGAACACAACUUUCCGUAGGGUGCUGCUCAAGACCCAGGUGGACAUGCCACGCCACAUCAUUGUAGACCCCAGAAACAGAUACUUAUUUUGGGCUGAUUAUGGUCAGAACCCAAAAAUUGAGCGAGCGCUCUUGGAUGGAACCAAUCGCACGGUUUUAGUAUCUUCAGGGAUCAUCACGCCUCGAGGCCUCGCUCUGGACUUUCAAACUGGUUAUGUUUACUGGGUCGAUGACUCUCUGGAUAUGAUUGCUCGAGUCAGCCCCCAAGGAGGAGAGACGGAAAUAGUCAGGUAUGGCAGCCGCCACCCAACUCCUUACGGGAUUACAGUGUUUGAGAAUAACAUCCUGUGGGUGGACAGAAACCUGAAGAAGGUGUUCCAAGCAAGCAAAGUGCCAGGAAACACAGAGCAGCCACUUGUCAUUAGAGACAAUAUCAAUAUGCUGAGGGACAUUACCAUCUUUGACCAGCGAACCCAGCCCAGUAGUGCACAAGCGCUUAACUACAACCCCUGCCUGGAAGCCAAUGGAGGCUGUGCCCACUUCUGCUUUGCUCUCCCAGGUUCUAAUGCAGGCAGUCAGAAUAAAAAAUGCAGCUGUGCUUUUGGGAAUCUUGGAGCAGAUGGAGAAAGCUGUGUGGUGUCAAGGGACGAUUACCUUAUCUAUACUACAGAGAGCACUGUCCGAAGUCUGCGACUCGAUCCGGAUGACCAUGCGCUGCCCUUCCCUGUCGUCAAUGUGCCUCGUACUUCCGUGGCACUGGAUUUUGACAUUGUGGACAGAAGGAUUUACUUUACCCAGAGCUCCGGUGCAGGAUCAAGCAAGAUCAGCUACAUCAGCCUGUCUUCUCCCAUCUCGGCUCCUGUAGUGGUGGCUUCAGAUCUUGGUGCUCCUGAUGGCAUUGCUUAUGACUGGAUAAACAGAAGAAUUUACUACAGUGACUAUGUCAACCAGAGCAUUAGCUCUAUGUCUGUUGAUGGCUCCCAAAGAACUAUAAUUGCUCAUGUGUCCAGGCCAAGGGCCAUCAUGUUAGAUCCCUGCAGGGGAUACAUGUAUUGGACAGACUGGGGAACCCAUGCAAAGAUCGAGCGUGCCACCUUAGGUGGAAACUUCAGAAUAGAGAUUGUGAACAGUAGUCUUGUGUGGCCCAAUGGCCUGACCCUGGACUAUGAAGAAGAGAGGCUCUAUUGGGCAGAUGCCAGCUUACAGAAGAUUGAGCGAUCCUCUCUUACUGGUUCCAACCGUGAAGUUAUUGUCAGCACAGCCAUCUACCCUUUUGCUAUGACCAUGUUUGGCCAGUUCAUCUACUGGACUGACUGGAACACCCGCAGCAUCUACCGAGCCAACAAACACGAUGGUUCUGACCAGAGGGUUAUGAUCCAGAACCUUCCAUCUCGACCAAUGGACAUCCACGUUUUAGCUGGCAGAAAGCAGCAGCAGUGUGACAGUCCCUGCCAGCAGUUUAAUGGAGGUUGCAGCCACAUCUGUACUCCAGGACCUAAUGGAGCUGAGUGUCGGUGUCCAUCAGAGGGCCGCUGGUACCUCGCCGACAACAAACACUGUAUCCCUGAUAAUGGGACUCGCUGCCAGCCAGGGCAGUUUGCCUGCAUGAAUGGCCGCUGUAUUCGAGCCCAGUGGAAAUGUGACAAUGACGACGAUUGUGGAGAUGGAAGUGACGAGUUAGAAAGAGUCUGUGUCCCACAGUUGCUGUCAUCCUUUAUUGCCUUGUCAGCCUUCCACACUUGUGAGCCUACCGUCUUUACUUGUGGCAAUGGGCGAUGCGUGCCCUACCACUACCGCUGCGACCAUUAUGAUGACUGCAGGGACAAUAGCGAUGAAGUGGGCUGUCUGUUCAGACCUUGUGACCCAAACACAGAGUUUGCUUGUAACAACGGACGCUGUAUUGCAAAGGACUAUGUUUGCAAUGGUAUCAACAACUGCUACGACAAUGGCACCUCUGAUGAACGAAACUGCCCGGAGAGAACCUGCCAGCCAGAGCAAACAAAAUGUCAGUCUACCAACAUUUGCAUCCCACGCUCGUAUCUGUGUGAUGGAGACAACGACUGUGGGGAUAUGAGUGAUGAGAGUCCUACACACUGUGCUCAAUCCACAUGUUCCCAGAGCGAGUUCCGUUGCUCGAGUGGCCGCUGCAUCCCCGCCCACUGGUACUGUGAUGGAGGGGCUGACUGCAGUGACGGCUCUGAUGAACCCCUCUCCUGUACCACAUUGAUCCGAACCUGCAACACAGACCAGUUUCGCUGCGAUGAUGGCCGGUGCAUUGCCUCGUCCUGGAUCUGUGAUGGGGACAAUGAUUGUGGUGACAUGAGUGAUGAAGACCAGAGACAUAACUGUGCCAAUCGAACGUGUUCAAGUGCAGAGUUCACAUGUGUGAACAACAGGCCGCCUCAGAGGAAAUGCAUUCCCCGUGACUGGGUGUGUGAUGGCGAUGCGGACUGUGCGGAUGCUUUAGAUGAGCGUCAAAACUGCACGCGCAGGUCCUGCGGCAUCAACGAGUUCACCUGUAAUAAUGGUCUCUGCAUACGCAGCUCUUACAGGUGCGACCGUCGUAACGACUGUGGAGACAGCAGCGAUGAGCAGGGCUGCACGUACCAACCUUGCCAGCAACAUCAGUUCACCUGCCAGAACGGCCGCUGUGUGUCACGUGACUUUGUCUGCGACGGCGACAACGACUGCGGGGAUGAGUCCGAUGAGCUGGAGCACAUGUGCCACACGCCAGCGCCCACCUGCCCCCCGGGGGAGUUCAAAUGUGAGAAUGGUCACUGUAUCUCCUUGAGCCAGGUGUGUGACAGGAGUGAUGACUGCUCUGACAACAGCGACGAGAAAGGAUGCGGUAUCAAUGAGUGCACAGACCCAUCCAUUCACCACUGCGAUCACAAUUGCACCGACACACCUACUAGCUUUAUAUGCACCUGUCGUCCUGGCUACCGCCUCAUGUCUGACGGCAAAACGUGCGACGAUGUCGACGAGUGUACAGAGACCCCCGGCGUGUGCAGUCAACUGUGUGAAAACACAGUUGGUUCCCACAUGUGCAAGUGUGCUCCAGGUUUCCUCCGAGAACCGGAUGGGCGCAGCUGCCGUCAGAACAGCAACAUUUCACCGUACCUGAUCUUCAGCAACCGCUACUACCUGAGGAACCUGUCAACAGAUGGGGCGGCCUAUUCUCUCAUUCUGCAGGGCCUGACCAGUGUGGUGGCCACGGACUUUGAUCGCGUCGACAAGCGUCUCUAUUGGAUUGAUGUGAGCCGCAGAGUGAUAGAAAGGAUGUAUAACAAUGGCAGUAACAGAGAGGUGGUGGUUAAUGGAGUUCUGCAUGGGGAGGGCCUCGCAGUUGACUGGGUAGCCAGGAAACUAUACUGGGUGGACAGCUUCCUGGAUUGUCUCAAAGUGUCUGAACUGGAUGGCCGCUUUGUCAAGAAACUAGCCGAACACUGCGUGGAUGCCAAUAACACCUACUGCUUUGAAAACCCCAGAGGCGUUGUGUUGCAUCCCAAAUAUGGAUUUGUGUACUGGACAGACUGGGGAAACAAAGCCUUUAUAGGUCGUGUUGGAAUGGAUGGAACCAACAAAUCGGCCAUCAUCACCACAAAGAUUGAGUGGCCCAACGGUAUUACAAUCGACUACACAAACGACAGGCUCUACUGGUCCGAUGCUCACCUCAACUACAUUGAACACUCUGACUUGGAUGGUCAGCACAGACACACGGUGUACGACGGAGACUUACCUCACCCGUUUGCCCUGACUGUGUUUGAGGACACUGUAUAUUGGACUGACUGGAACACGCGCACGGUGGAGAAAGGCAACAAAUACGACGGCUCCGGCCGUCAAGUACUUGUUAACACCACACACAGACCAUUUGACAUCCACGUGUACCAUCCUUACAGGCAGCCUAUUGUAAACAACCCCUGUGCGGUGAACAAUGGAGGCUGUUCACACCUGUGCUUGAUCCGUCACGGGGGGCGAGAACACACCUGUGAGUGCCCAGACCAUUUCCUGACAAUUCAAAUAGGAGGUGUGACCCGAUGCCUUCCCAUGUGCACCAGCACCCAAUACAGAUGUGCUAACAAUGAACGGUGCAUUCCUAUUUGGUGGAAAUGCGAUGGUCAGGCGGACUGCAGGGACGGCUCAGACGAGCCCUCCACCUGUCCGUCUCGGCACUGCAGGCUUGGUCAGUUUCAGUGCAACGAUGGAAACUGCACCAGUCCGCACUUUUUGUGUAACGCCAACCAGGACUGUCACGACGGAUCAGAUGAAGACGCUGUGCUCUGUGCUACACACAUGUGUGAGUCACACCAGUGGCAGUGUGCAAACAAGCGCUGCAUUCCUGAGUCGUGGCAGUGCGAUGGUGAGGACGACUGUGGCGAUCAGUCCGAUGAGGACCCUGCACACUGCUCCUCCAGGACCUGUCGCCCUGGACAGUUUAAGUGCCGCAACGGACGCUGCAUCCCACAGAGCUGGAAAUGUGAUGUAGAUGAUGAUUGUGGUGACAAUUCUGACGAACCGCUGGAAGAAUGCAUGGGACCAGGAUAUCGAUGUGACAACCAUACAGAGUUUGCCUGCAGGACGAACUACCGCUGCGUGCCGCUUUGGUCUGUUUGCAACGGCCACAAUGACUGCAGAGACAACAGUGAUGAACAGGGCUGUGAUGAACUGAGCUGUGAUCCUAACGGAGACUUUCGCUGUGACAACCACCGCUGUAUCCCAGUGAGAUGGAGGUGUGAUGGGGACGACGACUGUGGGGACAGUUCAGACGAGCGCAGCUGCACACCACGCGCAUGCACGGAGAGCGAGUAUCGCUGCGAUAAUCUGCGCUGCAUUCCCGACCGUUGGGUCUGUGACCAUGACAACGACUGCGAGGACAACUCGGAUGAAAGGGACUGUGAGUUGCGGACCUGUCAUCCUGGCUACUUCCAGUGCGGCAGUGGACACUGUAUCGCUGAACGUUUCAAAUGCGAUGGGAAUGCUGAUUGUCUGGACUACACGGAUGAGACGUCAUGCCCAACCCGCUAUCCCAAUGGCACAUACUGCCCCCAAUUCAUGUUUGAAUGCAAGAACCACAUUUGUGUCCCGCCUCACUGGAAAUGUGAUGGAGACAAUGACUGCGGAGACAACUCAGACGAGGAGCUUCAUCUCUGCUUGGACAUCCAAUGUGAGGCUCCGUUUCGUUUUCACUGUGACAAUAACCGCUGCAUCUACAGCCACGAGCUCUGUAACUCAGUCGAUGACUGCGGUGACGGCUCUGAUGAGAGGCAGGAAAACUGUCAAAAGCCAACGCAUGGACCUUGUACAGAUGAUGAGUACAAAUGCAGUAACGGACAGUGUAUCCCUCUUCAGUACGCCUGUGAUGAUUAUGACGACUGUGGAGAUCAAUCCGAUGAACUUGGCUGUCACCAAACCAGUGGGCACUCAUGUAGUGCCAACAUCUGUGAACACAACUGUACAGACCUGACAGGAGGAGGGUUCCUCUGCUCCUGCAGACCUGGAUAUAAGCCCAAAUCAACAGAACGACACAACUGUGAAGAUGUGAAUGAGUGUGAGGUGUAUGGGACGUGUCCACAGGACUGCAAAAACACAAAGGGCAGCUAUGAGUGUUUCUGUGCUGACGGCUUUCUUUCUUAUGGCGAGCCCCAUGGGACUGAGUGUGCUGCUCAAGGAAACCCGCCAGUGAUGCUUUUGCCAGACAACGUUCGUAUUCGUCGGUAUAACCUGUCCUCUGAGCAGUAUUCAGACUAUGUAGACAACACCGAGCACAUCCAAGCCUUAGACUACCUGUGGGAUCCAGAUGGUCAAGGCCUGAGUAUUGUGUACUGGACAGUUCUGGGUCGGGGAUCUCAGUUUGGCUCUAUCAAACGUGCCUAUAUGACCACAUUCAAUGAUUACGGCAACAACCCGGUGAAAGAAGUGGACCUGAAUCUGCGCUACAUUGCCAAUCCUGAUGGUAUUGCUGUGGACUGGGUUGGCAGGCACAUUUACUGGACGGAUGCUGGGACCAAUCGAAUUGAAGUGGCUAAACUUGAUGGGCGGUACAGGAAGUGGUUAAUCCACACAGAUCUCAACCAGCCAGCUGCCAUUGUUGUGAACCCAUCACUCGGGAUGAUGUACUGGACAGACUGGGGCAGGAACCCCAGGAUAGAGUCCGCAUGGAUGGACGGUCAGCACAGACAGGUGUUGGUACAGGAGGAGGACCUGGGCUGGCCUACUGGUUUGACUGUGGACUAUCUGAAUGGAAACAGAAUCUAUUGGUGUGACUCCAAAGAAAACAUAAUUGAAUCCAUGAAGCCUGAUGGCACAGACAGGAGAAUCGUCAUAUCAGGAGACAUUGGACAUCCCUACAGUCUGGAUGUCUUUGAGGGACAUGUGUACUGGACAACAAAAGACAAAGGUGAAGUGUGGAGGAUAAACAAGUUCGGGAGAAGAAACAAAGUCAAAGUUCUAACCAUAAACCCUUGGCUGACACAAAUCCGAAUUUACCAGGAGCACCGACACAAUCAGUCAGUGUCCAACCCUUGUAAGAAUGUGUGCAGUCACCUGUGUCUUCUUCGACCUGGUGGAUACACCUGUGCCUGCCCGCAAGGCUCCUCUCCGGUGGAGUUUGACUCCAACGAAUGUGACGCAGCCAUUGAGGCUCCUGUUGCAAUGCCGCUUGCAUGUAGAUGCAUGAAUGGUGGAACCUGCUACACUGAUGAAGGGGGCCUGCCCAAGUGCAAAUGUCCUUAUGGCUAUGUGGGCAGCUACUGUGAGAUGGGAAAGUCGAGGGGUGCCCCAGCAGGAACAGCUGUGGCUGUUUUAUUGGCAGUCAUUAUCAUCCUGAUUACUGGAGGUUUGGCUGUUGGAGUUUUCCUCAACUACAAACGAACAGGCUCUUUCAUCCCUUCCAUGCCCAAACUACCCAGCCUCAGCAGCUUGGUGAAAUCCGCUGACACUGGGAAUGGGGUGACGUUUCGGUCGGGUGACAAUGUGGAUCUCGGACCCUCACACAUUGGAGUGUCAUUCAUUGACACAGGCAUGCAGAUGGAUGAUCAUUUUGCCAUGGAGCCUGGGAGGCAGCCGAUUACAUUUGAGAACCCGCUGUAUGCCACUGGUCAUGUGUCUGGGGACCCUGCUGUUAUUCAUGCCACGCAGGUGACUGUGAAUGUGAGCGGUGAUCAGCGGGAGAACAACUUUGUAAACCCGACUUACCGUGGAGACCCGAGCGUAGGCGUGGUGAACACAUCUACCGUCAGCACCCAACCUGUCCAUGAGUCAAAGUGGAGCUUAUUCAAACGAAAAUUAAAGCCAAGCACCACAUUUGAAAACCCUUCAUAUUCAGAGAUGAGGGAUGAAAAGCCCGUAGGAAGCAGCGGGGACUCGUCUGCCCCUGAGCCAUCUCCAUUUGCCCCCCCUGCCAAACCUCAGAAGAGGGAUCGCCCCAACACCUUCUCGCCUACCGAGGACAGCUUCAAAGACACGGCCAACCUCGUUAAAGAGGACAGUGACGUAUAACCCCUCUCUCGCGGACGGGAAUCGAAAAAUGAAACACACUUUGCACAGAAUUUAUUUUUUUAUGCAGCCUGUGUACAAAACUCAAAUCGUUUUAGGAGAGAAGUACAUUUCUAUAGAACAAAGAAAAACGUCUUCCGUGACUAUGCCUUCUGACAUUUCUUAUGCCAAUUUUGUGUUAAUGUUUUUUGUUUCUUUAUCCUGAUGUACGAUAUGUAUAUCUUUGCACUGAAGCUGCUGAUAGAAAUGUUAAUAAAUAUGUUGUAUAUUUGUAAA